UCCUUCGAAAAAUACACCCACAAAAGUCGAUUAUUAACACUUUACCGCGUAUCGAAAAUGAAGUGUUUGUUAUUAGUUUUCUCGGCUAUGUACGUGUUGUCCAUGUGUGCGUUGUGGCGUUGUGUUGCUGCUAAAAACCACUCGGACACGAUGAACGAGUUGCUGUCUUAUCGCUCGUGGCUGGCGAUGGCCAAGCCGGAGGAAAACCUUGUGAACAUCGUAGACUACACGAGGGACGCCAAAGGGAUCGAAGUGACAAUUGACACGUUGAUAGCGACCCCGGUGACCGAGAAGAACCAGUCGGACAAAAUCCGCCUAGCGCAUCAGUUCCUGAGCUGUUCGUACGCCAGAGUGCUGACGGACUACUGCGACCACGAGAGCGCCAUAGGGCCUCAGUGCCGGAAAGUGAUCAUGGCCGCGAAAUCGUUCGACUGUCUUGUGGACUACUUGCGGGUAGUCGAGUCUAAACAACCGAUGAUUGCACGCAUGAUUGGCGCCCUUUCGUCCCUGCAUAGUUUGUCGCCCGAAACGCCGUUCCAAAUAGGAUUGUACAACAUUUUGUUGACAUUACAAGAUUACUGCCAGCCAAAGACCAUCGCCAGACCGGCCGAAAACGAAAAACGUAAAACCUGGGAUAUCGUCGACGCCGAAUGCAAAAACAUCGAACAGCACGCCAGAGACAUGGCAGAUAGGUCAAACGGUUUCUACAAAAUGUUUUGCCGGCCCCGUUCCGUUUGGACACGACACGAGAACGGCGAUACCAACGCUUUGCUCAUCGGUAGGGAAUUAGGCGAUCGCGCCGACAAAAAAAAAGCCGACCUAGAAUUCUUGGGCUGCGAUAGAGAUACUUACGCUGCGCAUAUAAUAAAAAACAAAUUAAAUCUUAUAACCCAAACGUUUGACCGAUCGUACGACAAUUCCGGUUUUAAAUACGAAUCGGACUCGAACACCACUUCUAUAAUACCGUACGACGAAGAAAGUCGGAAAGUAAAGAAAAAAAAGGGGUUCGGAUGUUUCUAGUGUAAUAAGGAAUAAAAAUAUUCAAAAUGUAUCACACAGACCUUCUA